GGGGUCGCCACUUUCACGAGCCUUCCACGCGCGCCGAGAGCCCGAGUCGAUCAGUGCUGUGACCGGCGCACCGCACGAAGCACGAAUCGCGAAUAUAACAAUUAAAAUUUAUUUUUAAUUCGUUUUGUGAACUGGAGUGAUCCAUGCCAGAUAAGAUAGUGUUGUGCUCAAGAUAAUGUGGCGAGUGUGGGAUACGAGAAUGAUAACAAGGGCGCUAGUUUUAGCGCUAUGGUGCGCCCACACAUCGGCGCUGACGCCACUCUCGGCGGCGGCGGACGACAACGAGUGCGCGCUGUACCUGUCCGGGCCGGGGCGCACCUCCGCCUUUGACUACAGCCUCAACCUGCUACGAGGCAACUUUGGAUACGAGGGUCAACACACGUGCAUCACCUAUGAAGCUGUUAACCAAGCCUACCUGGACGCACGGAAACGAAUUUUGGUCGCUCAGCCCAAAGGCGACUGGAAGCCAGAGGACUUCGCCAGUGCGGGCGAGCUCAUUCUUGACAUUUCCAUCAGUUUGGCGCGAACAUACGGCCUUACAUACGAAGAGAUCGAAAAAGGCCUUCCUCUCAUCGAUACAUCGAGAACGCUCAUUCGAGAAGUGUGCCCGCCGGUGUUCUCCCACGUAGAGUGCCGCGCCGGCAAAUACCGGCGGCUAGACGGACUCUGCAACAACUUGGAGCACCCCACGUGGGGCGCCACGAAUGCGCCUUUCCAGAGACUAAUCGGCCCGCUAUUCUCCGACGGUAUAAACUCUCCUCGUAUUUCGCACACGGGUCGCGAUCUGCCACUGUCUCGGGUGGUCUCCCGCACCAUGCACCCUGAUGAGGGCUUCCACGACCAUGCUGGCACCGUCAUGGUCAUCGCCUGGGGCCAGUUCAUGGAUCACGACUACACGCUCACUGGAACGCCUUUAGACCCCCGUAACCGUAACGACCCCGAGGAGUGCUGCAAGCGACCCCCGCACCUGAAGCACCCGUACUGCAACGAGAUCCUCAUCCCUGAUGACGACUACUUCUACCGCCUGUUCGGCGUCAAGUGCAUCGACUUCGUGAGGGCCUUCCCGUCCCCGAGACCUGGCUGCCGUCUGGGCUCUCGAGUACCUUUCAACACUCUGACCGGCGCUAUUGACGGUAACACUGUCUACGGAGUCACUGAUAAAUUUGCCAGGAAACUACGUACCGGCUAUGGUGGUCUGUUACGCAUGAACCCCGUCUUCACGGAGUAUGGCCUCAAGGACCUCCUGCCGCUGAAGCUUGAUAUCCCCGAUGAAGGUUGCACAAGACCCAACAAGAACAUGUACUGCUUUGAGGCUGGUGAAAUUCGAGUCAACGAGCAACUGGUUUUGACUGUGAUGCACACCCUCAUGGCACGAGAGCACAACCGCGUGGCAAAGGGCUUGGCCGAAGUGAACCCUCACUGGGACGACGAGACCUUAUACCAGGAGGCCAGACGAAUCAACAUUGCAGAAAUUCAGCACAUCACUUACAACGAAUUCUUGCCUAUCCUGCUCGGAAAGGAUGUUAUGGAAAAAUUCGGAUUGGUUCUCGAGAAAGAAGGUUACUGGGAUGGAUAUGAUAAAACGGUGAACCCUGACGUCAUAGAUUCCUUCGCCUCAGCCGCGUAUCGGUUCGGACAUUCACUAUUGCCCACGGCUGUCGAGAGAUGGUCCAAGGCUCACAAGUUUAUCGCUUCCAAGAGACUGUCCGAUCUGAUCCGAAGACCUUACGAUCUGUACAGAGCAGGAGUGCUUGAUGAAUAUGUCAUGGGCCUCAUGAAUCAAGUAGCUCAAGCUAUGGACGACUCUAUCACGCAAGAAGUCACCAACCAUCUCUUCAAGAAGGUCGGCGCUCGCUUCGGAAUGGACUUGGUAUCAUUCAACAUGCAAAGAGGCCGAGAAUUUGGCAUUCCUGGAUACAUGGAAUUCAGAAAGUUCUGCGGUCUCGGUGGAGCCGAAAGUUUCGAGGAACUUCACGGGUCUAUGCCUAACGAAACUGUAAACAAAUACGGACAAAUCUUUGAACAUCCUGUGGAUAUUGAUCUGUGGUCAGGGGGAGUGUCAGAGAGACCGUUGCCAGGUUCCAUGUUAGGGCCUACUUUCGCCUGUAUUAUCGCUACACAGUUCUCAUAUUCGAGAAGAGGAGACAGAUUUUGGUUCGAAUUGCCAAACCAACCGUCGUCGUUCACUCCGGAACAGCUGACGGAGAUCAGAAAGUCGCGACUUGCGCGCGUCAUUUGCGAUAACACGGACAUUAUUGACACCGUUCAGCUCUACCCCAUGGUCUUGGCGGACCAUGAAUUAAACCCGCGAGUACCAUGCCGAAGUGGCAUCAUGCCCUCAAUGGACUUCACGAAGUGGGCGGAGCCCGCGCCCUCGCCCUUCCACGGUGCCGCUAAACAGUUUGUGAGUAGCUUCUCGCACAACCCGUUCUUUGGCAAGAAGUAGUCUCAAGCACCGAGUAUUAAUUAGAGUAUUUAUGGUCUUUUAAUUCAUUAUUGCAACUUGAAGUUACAGUCCAUCACUUUGUUUGAGUUAGGUACU